CCAUGACAGAUGAGGUGAAUCCAAAUAAAUUUCUACAGUAAAGUUCCCAACUUUAGUUUCAACCCAAUCCCUCUUUUCCAUUCUGUCAGUGGAUUAUUUAGUUUGGGUUGUAAGAGUCAAAAAGCAGCUCACUGGCCUGCAGAAAGAGCUUCCUUUAACCUUUUGCUGCUGCUGCUUUUGUUUGGUCAUCCUUUCAAUGGAACGUGUAAUGUGGGUCGUGUUCCUACUUUUGAGCUUGAUUUCUUGGAUCCCUUUUGGUUUUGGAGCAAUCAGUCUUCUUUCUCCGAAGGGUGUAAACUAUGAAGUGGCUGCGUUGAUGGCGGUGAAGAGAGAGAUGAGAGAUCAGAACGGGGUGAUGGAUGGGUGGGAUAUAAACUCGGUUGACCCUUGUACUUGGAACAUGAUCGCUUGCUCUGAUGAAGGGUUUGUCAUCUCACUUGUAAUGGACAGCAUGGGUUUAUCAGGGACCCUUUCACCGAGCAUUGGGAAUUUGAGUCACCUGAGGACAAUGUUGUUGCAGAGGAAUCAUUUAUCAGGUCCCAUCCCGAAUGAGAUGGGGAACCUCUCAGAGCUUCAAACUCUUGACCUUUCAGAUAAUCAAUUUGUUGGGGGAAUUCCAAGUUCUUUGGGGUCUCUAACUCACCUAAGUUACCUGCGGCUUAGUAAAAAUAACUUAUCAGGACAUAUUCCAACGCCUGUUGCAAGUCUCACUGGGCUAUCAUUCUUGGAUUUAUCGUUUAAUAAUCUCAGUGGCCCUACUCCCAAAAUACUAGCGAAAGACUAUAGUAUUACAGGGAACAGCUUUCUUUGCACUCCAUCUGGAAAAAUUUGCUCAGGUGUCCCAAGACCAGUAAUCGAAUCUGAUUCAUCUGCCAGAGUCACCGGACUUCAGAGUCAUAGAUUGGUGCUUUCUGUUGCCAUGGGCAUCAGUUGCACCUUCGUGGUUUCUGUGAUGCUACUUGUUUGUUGGGUGCAUUGGUACAGGUCUCGGCUUCUGCUUACAUCAUAUGCAGAGCAGGAUUAUGAAUUGGAAAUUGGUCAUGUAAAGAGGUUCCCAUUCCGUGAAUUGCAAAUUGCUACUGGCAACUUUAGUCCUAAAAACAUUCUAGGGCAAGGAGGAUUUGGAGUUGUUUAUAAAGGGUGUCUGCCAAAUAGGACAGUUGUGGCAGUUAAGAGGCUAAAAGAUCCAAAUUUCACAGGAGAAGUUCAAUUUCAAACUGAAGUGGAGAUGAUUGGCUUGGCACUUCACCGAAACCUUUUACGCCUGUAUGGCUUCUGCAUGACACCUGAUGAGAGAUUGCUUGUUUAUCCUUACAUGCCAAAUGGAAGUGUUGCAGAUCGCUUAAGAGACACCUGUAGAGAAAAGCCAUCUCUGUGUUGGAAUAGAAGAAUGCUUAUAGCCCUUGGGGCUGCCCGUGGACUUCUAUAUUUGCAUGAGCAGUGUAAUCCAAAAAUAAUUCACAGGGAUGUCAAAGCUGCCAACAUUUUACUCAAUGAAAGUUUUGAAGCUGUUGUUGGGGAUUUUGGUCUUGCUAAGCUCUUAGACUGUAGGGAUUCACAUGUCACCACUGCUGUACGGGGCACCAUAGGGCAUAUUGCCCCAGAGUAUCUUUCAACUGGGCAGUCCUCAGAAAAGACUGAUGUCUUUGGAUUUGGGAUACUACUCUUGGAACUUAUCACAGGACUAAAGGCAUUAGAUGCUGGUAAUGGUCAGGUCCAAAAGGGAAUGAUUCUCAACUGGGUCAAGACUUUGUAUGAGGAGAAGAGGCUGGAAGUGUUGGUUGAUAGGGAUUUGAAGGGAUGUUUUGAUGCCUUAGAGUUGAAAAAAACAGUAGAAUUGGUUUUGCAGUGUACUCAAUCACAUCCUAACCUCCGACCAAGAAUGUCAGAAGUCUUGAAGGUCCUGGAAGGUCUUGUGCAGUCAGGCAUGGAGGAAUCACAAGGUGAGAGUAACCUUAUUGAGAUGAGGGUCAGCAGCUUCUCUAGGAAUUACAGUGAUGUUCACGAAGAGUCCUCCUUCAUCAUUGAAGCAAUGGAGCUUUCUGGACCUCGGUGACAAACAAUCUAAUGUGCCCUUCUUUGUCCAACUGUACAUUACCAGUGCAUUUAUUGAGCACAAAUUAUACAUAAUCCUUUUUUUUGUUUCCCCUUUUAUUUUUCAAUGGUGUUUUUUCACUUAAGUCAGAUGAAAUGUGUUCCAAAAGUUCUGGUUUUGUAUUUUGGUACUUCUUUUUGUUGGGAUUAAGAUUGUUAAGGUUAGAAGAUUUUGCUGUUAACUUUGUAUAGGUACCCUUUACAAUUUACACGUAUCCAAGCAUUGAAAACGACUUCACUAAAUUGUUUUGUAGAUUGUGAAGCAGCAUUAACAGCUUGUGCUUUUCACAGACAUCAAUGUUAGAUGUCUGUACAGAACUGAGAGAUGCAAACGGCAGUAAUUAUUGAAGGCAUCCAGAAGGCCAGAAGCAAGGGUUUUCAGGUCAAAGUCUGCACCUAGAGAUUGGAUGUCUGCACCUAGAGAUUGGAUGGAUGAGGAUGGUGUGAGGCACCAUGUCAUUUCCUCUGAUUUUGACAAUUCAGUUUUCUGCAUUAUUGAGUGGUAAUUACCUUCACCUAUUCAAUUUCCUAGGAGAGAGAAAGGGAUGGCAGGGUUGACUGUAAAUUGUGUUUGCAUCUGUAGACGCCCCCAUGUUGCACUCACGGUUUGUGACUUUUUAACCUUUCUGAGUGGGCAAUUUUACUAGAAGGGAACUUGGAAGGCUGGCCACACAUAUUCCAUUCCAUUAAUAUUGUUGCAGCAAGUCAUUGCCUUGAGGAUAAGUAGUGAAGGUUGAUAAAAUAUUCCUAUAAAU